GCCCACCGGCUUGAAUCCCGGCGCCUCAGAGGAGAAUGAGGCGGGCGCCAACUGCCUGGGCCGCGGGGCUGGAGGCAGCGCGGGAGCGGGACGUUGAGGGACCGGCCUAGCGUGGGGCUCCGGCCUUGCGUCUUCCGACCAAAUAGCCGCUCCUGAGCCCGGUGCGCGGCUGCCGCCACCGCCUGGCCGUGGGUGCCGGAGCGGCCGGGCGGCGACCCAGGGUUCCUGGGUGGGCGCGGGCGGCGUCUUCGCGGCGGGCAUCCCCCGAGGCCGCCCUCGGGCCAUGAUCGACUCAGUGAAGCUGCGCCGCGACAGGGCGGCGGACUUCUUCUCGCACUACGAGUACCUGUGCGCGCUGCAGGACUCGGUGCCGCUGCCCGCCUUGCGCGCCUGUCUCCGGGAGGGCGUGCUGGACUUCAACGCCGACCGCCUCCGCGGGGUGGACUGGGCGCCUCUGCUGAGCACUCUCAAGAUCAAUAAAGACCUACCCUUGAUCUCCAUCAAGAGCUUCUUCCAGCCUUGGCUGGGGGACACAGGUUCUGACGUAAAUAAAUUUUGCAGAAGUCGUGUUCCUGCGAUAAGAUACAAAGAUGUGACCUUCCAGUUGUGUAAAGCUCUUAAAGGCUGUUUAAGUAUAUCAAGUGUGCUAAAGAACCUGGAGCUAAAUGGACUAAUUCUGAGAGAGAGGGAUUUAACUAUUUUAGCAAAGGGAUUGAAUAAAUCGACUUCUUUGGUGCACCUGUCUCUUGCAAAUUGUCCAAUUGGAGAUGGAGGUUUAGAAAUUAUUUGUCAAGGUAUAAAGAGCUCUAUCACUCUUAAGACAGUCAACUUCACAGGAUGUAAUCUGACAUGGCAGGGAGCAGAUCACAUGGCCAAGAUCUUAAAGUAUCAGACCAUGAGAAGGCAUGAAGAAACCUGGGCUGAGAGUCUUCGCUAUAGGAGACCUGAUCUUGACUGUAUGGCUGGCUUAAGACGUAUCACAUUGAAUUGCAACACACUCAUUGGUGACCUAGGUGCUAGUGCUUUUGCAGACUCUCUCAGUGAGGAUUUAUGGCUGAGAGCUCUUGACCUGCAACAGUGCGGCCUCACCAAUGAAGGAGCAAAGGCUUUGCUAGAGGCCCUUGAAACCAAUACAACUCUGGUCGUUCUGGAUAUAAGAAAAAAUCCACUCAUUGAUCAUUCUAUGAUGAAAGCAGUUAUCAAAAAAGUUCUUCAGAAUGGAAGCAGUGCUAAAUCAGAGUACCAGUGGAUAACUUCUCCAUCAGUGAAGGAACCAUCCAAAACUGCUAAACAGAAAAAGAGAACUAUAAUUCUAGGAAGUGGUCACAAAGGAAAAGCUACUAUUAGAAUUGGCACGGUGGCUCACGCCUGUAAUCCCAGCACUUUAGGAGGCCGAGGAUUGGCUACAAAGAAACCUGUAAGUAGUGGCAGAAAACACUCCCUUGGUAAAGAAUAUUAUGCGCCCGCACCUCUACCACCUGGUGUGUCUGGUUUCUUGCCAUGGCGUACUGCAGAACGUGCAAAAAGGCACAGGGGUUUCCCAUUAAUCAAAACACGUGAUAUAUAUAAUCAGUUGCAGCAACCAGGUUUUCCUGUGACUGUGACAGUAGAGAGUCCUUCAUCUUCUGAAAUUGAAGAGGUUGAUGAUUCUUCAGAGAGUGUUCAUGAAGUGCCUGAGAAAACUAGCAUAAAACAAGAAGUAUUACAGGAAAAACUGGAGGAGUGCCUAAAGCAGUUAAAGGAGGAAAGAGUGAUAAGACUUAAGGCUGAUAAGCGAGUCAGUGAGCUGGAACAUGAAAAUGCCCAGUUAAGAAAUAUAAAUUUCUCUCUGUCUGAAGCCCUUCAUGCACAGUCAUUGACAAAUAUGAUCCUGGAUGAUGAAGGUGUUUUGGGCAGCAUUGAGAAUUCUUUUCAGAAGUUUCAUGCUUUUUUGGAUCUCCUUAAAGAUGCUGGGCUUGGGCAGCUUGCCACAAUGGCUGGGAUAGAUCAGUCAGAUUUUCAAUUACUAGGUCAUCCCCAGAUGACUUCUACUGUUAGUAAUCCACCUAAAGAAGAAAAGAAGGCACUUGAAGAUGAAAAACCAGAACCAAAGCAGAAUGCCCUAGGGCGGAUGCAAAAUAUCCAGGUUUCUAUUUGUAUGCAGUCAGCUUACAAUGAAGGAACACUAAUGAAGUUUCAGAAAAUUACAGGUGAUGCUAGAAUUCCUUUGCCUCUCGACUCCUUCCCUGUCCCAAUGUCUACUCCAGAGACCUUAGGAACUUCCAACGACAACCUGGGAGUCCCAGCCACUGAGCAGCAGCAGGAGUCUUUUGAGGGAUUCAUUGCUAGAAUGUGUUCUCCUUUACCACAUGCGACUUCUGGAACUGGAAGUCAAAGAAAAGAAGAGGAGUUGUCCAGAAAUAGCAGAUCUUCUUCAGAGAAAAAGACCAAAACAGGUGAAUAUACCAAAAAACACUCUGGUAAGAAACACCCUGGAAAGGACCUGCAUUCCUGCUCUGACUCUCCUGAAAACCGGAAAAGCAAAGGAACUGGGGAAACUAGUUCUUUGGUUAAUGAACCAAUUAAAAGUAGGUCUUUGAAAAAAUCUGUUUCUGUCAAGAAAGAAAAUAGAAUAGUGACUGUUUCAUCCAAGACAAAUAAAAGUAAAUCCAGUCCACUAGAACAUUCUGAAAGUGAUACUCUUGGAUCUGAUUUUGAAUUUCAAGAAAGCAUCCAUUCUCUAUCACGCCUUUCAUCCGACUAAAUCUUUUGAAAUUAUGUUUUUGCCUUAACGUUAAAUUUUAAUAAUUUUUCUUAUGUUUUUAUUACGGCAUA